CUCGGGCGCGUGUGUGUGUGGGGGUGGGGGGGCCCGGCCGAGGGGACGAUGGCGGAGGCCGGGGCCCCUCGGAAGAAGGCGCUGUCGCUGCUGGAGGCCGCCCGCUCCCGCUACGAGAGCCUGCAGAUCUCGGACGACGUGUUCGGGGAGUCGGGCCCGGACAGCAGCGGGAACCCCUUCUACAGCACCUCGGCCGACUCCCGCUCCACCUCCGACGCCUCCUCGGCGGAAGAGGACGAGGCCCCCGACCCGGCCCCGGACCCCGGGGGGGCGGCGGGGGCGGGACACCUCGACCGGACGAAAGGCGACCGCCUGCGGAGAGAUGCUGCAGGACGAGGAGGAGGAGGAGGAGGAGGAGGAGAAGGGCCCCGGGGACCGGAGGCGGCGGCGCCUCCCCCCCCCCAGGCCCCCGGCCCCAUGGAAGAAGAGGAGGAAGAGGACGACGACCAAGAGGACGCGCGGCGGACGGACGAGGGGAGCUGCGGCGGCUGGACCCAGGCCUUGAGAGACGCCCCUCCCCCGCGCUUCGAGGACACCACCGGUCCUACCCGCAAAAUGCCCCCCAACGCCAGUGCCAUGGACUUCUUCCAGCUCUUCGUCCCCGACAACGUCCUCAAGAACAUGGCGGUGCAGACCAACAUGUACGCCAAGAAGUUCCAGGAGCGGUUUGGGAGUGACGGAGCCUGGGCCGAGGUGACCCUGCCCGAGAUGAAGGCUUUUCUGGGCUACGUGAUCUCCACGAGCAUCUACCACUGCGAGUCGGUCCUCAGCAUCUGGAGCAGUGGUUUCUAUAGCAACAAGAGCAUCGCCCUGGUCAUGACACAGGCCCGCUUUGAAAAGAUACUCAAGUACUUCCACGUCGUCGCCUUCCGCUCCAGUCAGACGAGCCACGGCCUCUACAAGAUUCAGCCGUUCCUGGACUCUCUGCAGAAUGGCUUUGACUCUGCCUUUAGACCUUCCCAAACACAGGUGCUCCACGAACCCCUGAUCGACGAGGACCCAGUGUUCAUCGCCACAUGCACAGAGCGGGAACUGCGCAAGAGGAAAAAGCGGAAAUUCAGCCUGUGGGUGCGGCAGUGCUCCGCCACGGGCUUCAUCAGCCAGAUCUACGUCCACCUGAAGGAAGGCGGCGGCACCGAUGGGCUGGAUGCUCUGAAGAACAAGCCGCAGCUCCACAGCCUGGUGGCCAAGAGCCUCUGCCAGAAUGCGGCCGGCAAGAAUUACAUCAUCUUCACGGGCCCCAGCAUCACCAGCCUGACCCUGUUCGAAGAGUUUGAGAAGCAAGAGAUCUACUGCUGUGGCCUGCUCAGCUCCAGGAAGAGCGACUGCACAGGGCUGCCCCUGUCCAUGCUGGACAGUCCCGAGGCCCCGCAGGCCCGGGGCCAGUACCGGAUCAAGAUGAAGGGGAACAUGUCCCUGAUCUGCUGGUACAACAAGGGGCACUUCCGCUUCCUCACCAACGCCUACUCACCGACACAGCGAGGAGUCAUCAUCAAAAGGAAAAGCGGCGAGAUCCCGUGUCCGCUGGCAGUAGAGGCUUUUGCGGCUCACCUCAGCUACAUCUGUAAAUAUGACGACAAAUACAGCAAGUAUUUCAUCUCCCACAAACCCAACAAGACGUGGCAGCAGGUGUUCUGGUUUGCCGUCAGCAUCGCCAUCAACAACGCCUACAUCCUGUACAAAAUGUCCGACGCCUACCACGUGCAGCGCUUCAGCCGGGCGCAGUUCGGCGAGAGACUGGUCAGGGAGCUGCUGGGCUUGGAGGACAGCUCCCCGGCCCACUGAUGCCGCGGCCCGAGCCGGCGGCCGCGGAGGAGGAGGAGCGGACCCUCCCUCUGUGGCCUGGAGCCGGGGAUCCCCUACCCCCGGCCCCCGAGGUCCCCAGGCCUAUGUUCACUGCCCACGGGGUCCCCGAGAGAAGACCAGGGCCCGGAGUGCAGCUGGCACACAAGAGGCGGGGCCUCCGCGGCCACGGUAGGAGAGCCCUACAGUUGCCCGCCGCCACUGCGCCUCCCUCUCACCCUCCCUCCGGUCUUGCCGCCAAAGCGUGGCAUUUUGCUGCGGUUGUGCCAGUUGAUUGCCCUGGGUGAACGUGAAGCUGGGUACCAACUGGGCGUGAUGCAGGGGUUGUCAGGGCGGUUCAAGGUGCCAGUGGCCUCCCUGGCUAAUUGGCGCUUCCUGAUCUUCACAGCCUCCCCAGAGAUUGAGCUUUUUGACCAGGGUCGGGGCAGGGCAGCACACCUGGGGGGAUCCGGCAGGGCACCUGUGCCACCCAUUUUGGGCAAACGAGGCACUACUGCCUCUAGCUGCUCCCGUCCACCUGAUGGGAAGGAGUCAGGGAAGGUCCUCGGUGGCACCUGGCCACGGAUUUGAACUGGGUCUCUCCGGGCACUUCUACUUGUCAUUUAACAUCUUGUGGAGUGGAUGUCUUCCCCAGGCGCCUCCCUCCUGCUGCUUUUCCAAAGCUCCCGUUAUCCACACGGCCCUGGGCAGGAGAGAGGGGAUCUGGCCCCCUCCCCUAUGCCAAUCCCAGAGGGAGGGGAGAGGACCCCGAGGUCUUCCCCGUUGCCCUCCAGGGCAGGAGAGAUGGGUCCGGCCCCCUCUCCCCCAACUCUGCCUUCCACCAGCUGCUGGAAACUACGGCUUGGUCCCAGCUGGUGCGCUUCUCAAAAGAGGGCACCUGCCCCCCUUAAAGGUGCCUGCCUCGUCCCACCCUGUUAUCCUUAAUGGUCGGGGGCAGGACCGCAGACCCCGACCCGUUGGUGGAGGGCAUGGAUAGGAUGUUUGCAGCAGCUGCUGCCGCUCUUUCAUCAGUGUGUCUCUCCCGGUGAACCGAGGCACAAGCGCAGCCUCUCCAGACGGAAACGCAGCACUUCAGGCUUGUGGGGAGAAGAGAUAAUUGGGGGAGACAAAUUCCCCCCUAAGCCCAGGGUCAGUCCCUCAUUGGCCAUGAGAACAAAUACACCCCUGGAGGAGGGGGUAUCUCCCGGGGCCGCCCCCGGCCCAUGGCCUGGUUUUCCCUCCCGGGCACGGGCCUUCUGGCUCCUCGCCGUGCCAGGCCGGGCCCCAGACGCCUCUCCGGGACGAGGCCUGACGAGCAGGCCGGAGUCGACUGCUGUACCAGGAAAACGGCUACUUUUAUGAAGAGCAAAGCCCGGAUGAGACCCGGCCCUUCGGCCGAGCAGAUUGAGGUAGGGAAACCACCGGCCGUGGAUGACAGGCAGAUUGGACCCCAGGCGCAGUACAGCCAAGUUGAAGGGAUUCAUUCAGUCUGGUUGCUAUGCCGCUGCCGCCGUCGCCAUUAAAGGAGCAGGUGGUCAGAGUUGAUGAGUCCGGGCCACGGGGGGCGGACCCGAGAUUGAGCAUCAGGCCCCGGGGCAACCGGCCGCUUUCGGCCAAGGGGGCGGGUGGGCCCUCCACAGUGCUUCCCACCUGGCAUUGGUGGGGACCGGGGCCAUGGGCCCCUCCAGGUUAGCCCCCAUCCCCUUCUGCUUCCCACCUCUGGAAACGACAGCAAGAGGAAGGAAGAGGCUGUCGUUCCCUGCCAAAGCUAUGUGAGCAGACCCAGGCUUCCCCGGUCUCCCAGCCCCCUACUGCUCCCCUUCCUGGUGCCACGCGGGGCCAAGACCCACUCACGGGCUGCCCACCCCACCCCCGAGGCCAGGAUCAGGGCGGCGCUUCCCGGAGAGGAGGGGUGGGUGGGGAGGGGUCUUCCAUUUGUGCUACUUUUGCUUCUUUCUUCGUUCCGUUCGGGGCCUCGGAGAGACGCCCCUCACCUCGAGUCCGUGCCGGCCCCGCCGCGAGCUCCGUCCCUCACUGCCUCCGCCCGCACCGUUGAGAUCAAGCAGUUUUGGUGAAGUUUCGGUUCGACACCAGGCACGCUUGCAAUAAAUUUUUACAGAUUUUGUACACAGUGAGCUAAAUUCCGAGUUCGGAAACGUUGUCUUGUGGCGGAGAAGGUUGAUUUAUAAUAUCACGUGGAUCUCGUCUCGUGGGUUUCUUCAACAAAGUUUGUUUACAGUCAACAACUUUGAAAUACAGUCAACUCGAACAU